AUGUUCAAUAUCUCGAACCUGGUGCAGAAAGCGCAGCAGUUCAUCGAACCGACCCUGAACAUAGCCACCGGGCCCGCAACCACUGCCGACCGGCGUCCCUCCAAAGCAAACCUCUUCCGCCACCAAUUUCGCCUGCCAGACUCGCAGAAUCCGCUUCAAGAGAUUACAGCAGAGCUUACGCUAUCGCCCCACCACUCGACGAGGGGCUCUGGUGAUACACCCCCGGAGAAGGACCGCAGCCAGGGCAAUCACUAUGUGGGCAAGCUGCACCUCAGCGAGCAGUACCUCUGCUUCUCGACGCAGGGGUCUUCUUUCCUUAACACCGCCAGCCUGAGCUCUUCGAGCAGUUACACUGGGCAGACACACGGUGCGGGGCCUGCGGGGAAUGGCUUCACGUUGCCGCUAUGCGCUAUUCGCAGGGUGGAGCGGCUGCAUAGCCAGAGCUACAUGUUCGCCCUGGCCAUAACGACUUGGAAUGGAAGUCCUGAUCCGAAAGGGAAGGCCCCUAGCGGACAGAAGCUCACCAUCCAGCUUGCGGGCAGCCGGCAAGCCUGUGAGCGCUUCUGCGAUGGCCUCAAGAAAGGACUCAGGGAAGGUGUGAAGGAAGUCGAGAACCUGCGAACAGUCGUCCGCGAAUCUUAUUCCGAAUACCUGCUUCUUACGGAUGGCGAAGACAAGAAGACUGUUGGAGAAGACAAGAAGGCGGAGAGGGAGCAUCCUGACACAGGGCUGGGGUUGAUCUUCAGAUAUCCUGGCAAUGCAAGGAAGCUAAGGGAUGCGACAAAAAUCAGACUCUGGAAAGAGUAUCUUCGAGAAAACGGACGGAGCGCUACGCUCAUUCGACAGCCCACCUUCCAUAAACUCAUACGAGUCGGCCUUCCGAACAGAUUAAGAGGCGAGAUGUGGGGACUGGCGUCAGGCUCAUUUUUUCUGCAACUACAAAACCCACGGCUGUAUACUGAGACGCUCGCCAAAUACUCAGGGCGGGAAUCUCUGGCUAUAGAUGAGAUUGAAAAAGAUCUAAACAGAAGUUUACCCGAAUACCCGGGUUUCCAAAGCGAAGAAGGCAUUGGUCGACUGCGACGGGUCUUGACCGCUUACAGCUGGACCAACGAAGAGGUCGGCUAUUGCCAGGCGAUGAACAUCGUCGUGGCAGCAUUGCUGAUAUACUUGUCAGAGCCGCAAGCCUUCUUCCUUCUCUCCAUACUGUGUGACCGCCUUUUACCUGGUUACUACUCCCAGACCAUGUAUGGCACCUUGCUUGAUCAGCGCGUUUUUGAGUCGCUUGUGGAGAAGACAAUGCCUAUUUUGUGGGAUCACCUGGUCAAGUCUGACGUGCAGCUAUCUGUUGUAUCUUUGCCGUGGUUCCUUUCUCUUUACAUCAACUCUAUGCCGCUUAUCUUUGCUUUCCGCGUACUAGACGUUUUCUUCCUUGAAGGCCCGAAGGUCUUAUUCCAAAUCGGUCUGGCCAUCCUACGUAUUAACGGCGAAGAGCUCUUGGAUGCAGCGGACGAUGGAGCCUUCAUCUCAGUACUCAAGUCAUAUUUCGCGCGACUGGAUGAGUCUGCGCACCCUAAGUCUGAGAACCCAAAGCUACGGGCGGUCACUAGGUUUCAAGAGUUGAUGGUCGUGGCAUUCAAGGAAUUUGCUGGCAUUACACAAAAUACCAUUUCUGAGCAACGAUCGAAGCAUAAGGAUGCCGUGCUCGAGAACAUUGAGAGCUUUACCAAACGGACAUCGAUACGAAAUCUUGGGCCGGAAAGUAAAAAGUUGAGCGUUAAUGACCUAGGCUUUUUGUACGAUAAGUUUUACGCUGUACUGUACGACCGGCAACAACGAGCAGAAAUCAUGCAGCAAGAUGCCGAGAGAAAGGCCAGGAAGGGUGGAAUUAAAGCGGCUGAGAUAGUGACUGGAUUCUCAUCCUCGAGCAUUGAGAAGGGUAGAGUUGCUCUUGGUCCCAGUCCCACUCAGAUGGACUACGAUGCGUUUAGAGAAUUCCUAGCUGGACUCACAAAAUGGGCAAUAACAGACUCUCCCAGCUCGCCACCCGAGAAGAAUGGUACCCAGUCUCCGCACUCGUACUUCGGCGGCAGCAUGAGGAGCAAGCCGCCAAUGUCGCCGUGGGGUUCUGGCCCUGAACCCACAGAUCACGACUUUAUGCGACGGCUUUUCAGACGCUGGGAUGUAGACAUGUCCGACUCAUUGUCUCUCCAGAACGUUGUCGCAGGAUUCGCUGCUGUCAAAGGCUCUACGGAUAUCAUGUCAAACAUCAGCUACUUCUUCGAGCUUUAUGAUGAUGAUGGAGAUGGCAGGGUCGACCGUGAAGGCAUCCUCAGGAUCUCAGAAGCCCUCCUGUUCCUCUCCAGAAGAGGCUUUGAUGGAUCUGUCAGUCCAACACCGUCUAUGAGCGACGCUCGCUCUAUUCACAGCCAACACGAUCGAGGCACUCGCGACGAGCAGUUCCUGAGUAGCGUGUCCGCUUUCAUACGAAGAUGUUUCGAAUACGCAGAUCCGGAUCAUCCUUCGAAUCAGGACAACAGAGCAGUUGACGAAGUCAAGGAUGACCUUGACAGUUUCGCGAUUGGCGGCGACGAUGAAGACGACCUCAUUGACCUUGGGACCGAGCCUAACACGCCGACUGCCACAAACCCAGAAGGCCCGACAGCCUCAGAGACGGAACCAAUGACUUCUUCAGAGGGAGAGGGAAAGGCGAGCAGCGAGUCAGAUCCGUCAGGAAAACCCGACAAGGCAACAGCUGCAAACGCCGCUCUUGAUCCUAACAAACCUCUUUACAUCACGUUGCCCACAUUCCGCAUGGUGAUACUGGCCGACGAGAAUCUCGAACAAUUCUUCGAAGUUGGUUUCUCUGCGUCCUUCCACCUCGCUGACGCGCCAUCCCCCUCUCAGUUCUCUGCGUCAAACUUGACCACGUUCUCCAACGCAAGCCAACAAGUCGCGGCCAAUUCAUCUGGCAUGAGCGGCGUUGUCGGUGGAGCAGGCGCCGGAGUCGUGCCUCCCGGGAAAGGUCUGCGAGGCAUGUUGGACAACAUUGUCAGUGAUGGCAUGCGUGUUGCUGCAGAAGUCAGAAGGAGGAUGGACGAAGCCUCACAGGAGAUGGACAAGGAGGCAAGGCAUGGACGCGACGACGAAGAGGAAGAGGAUGAAGCCGAGGCCGGGCAAGGCAAGGAUAUAGAUUUACUGGAAGGCGCAGAAACGGCGGAUGUGGAUACGACGAAGGGUACAGCGCCGGAUCUGCUGACACCUGUCGGUGGGCCAAGUUCGGGAGAACUUAAGCCAACGAUGGAUCGCAGAGCCAGUGAUGCCAGUCAACAGACGAUGUUUAAACAAUAG